AUCCUCUUCGUGUACGAACACUGGCAGGAAGACAGACAGCUAGAUGAAGGCUAACUGCUCGCAGACGUGGCUCCGCUCUAAAUUUAGUCCCCCCUCCACUUGUGAACUAAAUACCAACGACAACAGUCGAACUGACACCCACCCACUCGUUCAGUCCCCCUUCCCACCACAAGCCCCAGUGCCGGGGAGCGUGAACACCCACACGGGGCGACUACCCAGUCUGACCCUCUCGCCUCUCACCUUUCCGACUUCCUACCCCGAGGAGACAGACACAAGUCCAGACUCCGCCCUGCAGGUCCUUCAGGACAGGGGCAGCCAUGUCACAGUUCUCCACCAUGACGACCAGCGAGAGGAAAAUGCAGGCGGCAGCAAUCUGCAGGGAGGUUGAAGCCCUGGAAGAUGUGGAGAUGGACCUGGGGAGGAAAGUGAACAUGCCUAAAGACAUCAUGCUGGAGGAGCUUUCUCUCUCCUCCAACCGCGGCUCCCGUCUCUUCAAGAUGCGCCAGAGACGCUCCGAGAAAUACACUUUUGAGAGCAUCCAAAAUGAAAACAACAAUCAGCUCAACAACAGAAUGGUUCUCCAAGCUGAGAAUGGAUGUGCCGCGGACGGCCUCAACGGCGAGAACAACGUGGAUGUCGACCAGUCUCCUGCUGUGCCAUCCGAGCCAAAUCCAGACAGCAUCGCCCCGGGGUACGGAGCUCCUCUGAAAGACAUCCCUCCAGAGAAGUUCAACAGUACUUCUCUCCCUAAGUCCUACCACUCCCCCUGGGAGCAGGCCAUCAUCAGUGACCCGGCUCUGGCUCUCACUCUCAACACUCUGAUGUCUGAGCCGGAGCCCCGACCGGACCUCCCCGGGUUCAAGAGUUUCAACAGGGUGGCGACUCCGUUCGGUGGCUCCGGCAAGGCAGCCCGACCUGCGGCCAUCAAGUUCCUGCAGGUGGAGACCUCCCCGAUUUCCCCCGAGCUGCAGGGGGACGGAGAAGACCGACCCUCCUUCAACAGAUCUGCUCUGGGGUGGGUGUCGUCAGGCGAUCCACUCCCCCUCCACGCUGCUUCCCUUGAGCCUGUGCUCAUCCCUGAGUCAGACGACCUUUGAACCCACAAUGAGGUCGCACAGAGAUGCUGUCUACUUAGUGGCUGCACCAGAGGUCACGGGGGGCAGAGGGAUGUUGCAGUCAGGGUGAGAGGAAGAGUCAAGUUACCAGGAUUGCAGCAUUCCGGGGUUUUCCAGGGAUGUUCACUAUUGCACUGCUCUCCAAAAUAAAUGAAUGGUCCUGUGCAGUAGGCAGAGACACUACUGGAAUAAAAGAGUGUUAUUGUAUAUUAGUGUGCAUACGAGUGUUUUAUCUCCAAUAAAAUUGUGUAGAAUGCAAUUCUAA